AUGAACGAACACAGCUACGAAGAAGAGUCGGCCAGCUACUUGAGCGAGGAGGGCUCAGAUCUUGCCUCUGCUGCCACCAAUCUUUCUCACGAGGCGCUGGACGACCGCUCGAGCUACACCGAAGCGGACGAGACCUUCGCCGACCGCAGCCUCUCGCUCGACGACGGCACCGACCAGCAGAUCCCGCUCGCCGGCGAGGAUGACGGCGAGUACGAGGUCGAGGGCGCCGAUAAGCCCCCGCCGAUGAUGAGCAGACUCGCGGCCGGCAUGCGCAAGAGUCUCACGAACCUCUUCGGCAUCUUUGGCGGUCCGGUGGUGGAGAAUCUCGGAGAGGAGGAGGAAGAGGAGGAAAGCUACGCGGGCAGCGUGGAGGGCAGCCUCGUCGACGACGACGUCAGCCGCUCCGUCAACGGCUCCAGCCUCGCCGACGACGCGAGCCUCGUGAGCGAGAUCGACCACAUGGAAGUGGUGGCGGCCGACGUCAAAGAGGCCGCUGACGAGCAGGAGGGCGUGGUGCCCGAGGAGGCGGCCCAGCCGGUCGACCAGAAGCCCGACGAGGACGUGGAGAUCCACAGCCUGCUGCUGGACGAGGGAGUCGCCGCCCCUGCCCCUGUCAUCGCCGCUUCGCCCGUCGCCGCCGCCGUUGGCUCGUCAGGCCUGCGGACCAUGGAGACGAUGGUGAUCGAGGAGGAGCUGGCCGUCGUCGAGGUCAUCCACACCCACAGCGCCUUCGAGCAAUCCGACAGCGAAGACGAGGAAGAGGAGGGGAAGAAGGUUGAGGUAAAAGAGCAGAAGGUGGUUGAAGAGAAGAAGGUGGAGGAAAAGAAGGUGGAAGACGAAGACGAAGAAGAGGAGGAGGAGGAGGGGGAACAAGAAGAGGAAGACGAGGAGGAGGAAGUAUCGCAGAGUUACAUUGAUGCGAUGGACAAGCGACUCCGAGCACUGACCAAGAACGAGCUGUCGGCGCAGCUGAAGCCCCGGGGCGAGAAGACCUACGGCCUCAAGGAGGAGCUGGUCGUGCGGCUGCGAAACUGCUACCUGCGCGAGGAGAAGGAGGCCCGGCAGAAGCAGCAGUCGGCCGGCGGCGAUGCGGCGGCUCAGAGAGCCAAGACCACCGCCACCGCCACCAAGCUUGUCGACAGCCUCCUCGCCGCCGUGCCCGCCACACCCACGCGCAAGCGAGGCCGGCCCCAGAAGAAGCCGGCCACGCCCGCCACACCUGAGGCGAAGGCCGAGGCCGCCGCUGACGAUGAGGAGCAGCAGGUGGUGGUCGCGGAGCCGACCAAGGCGAAGAAGGUGGCCAAGAGGCGGAAGGUCGCGCCGGUCGUGGUGCUCGACGAAGAUGAGAGCACGCCUGAUGAACAGGAGGAGGACGUGGAGAUGAAGACAUCGUCGCCGUCUUCUUCAUCAUCGACGACAACGUCAACCACGACGACGGUGACGCGCUCGAUGUGGCCCAGCCUGGUGCCCAAGACGCUGCCGCAGGCCUACGAGCCGUCGUGCGGGUGGGACGCGUCGCUGGGCGGCGGCGAAGAGAAGCUGCCCUUCAGCCUGCCCGAUCCAGACACGGUGCGGGAGUGGGACCUCGAGAACGACGAGGGCCUGCACAACCAGGUGGCCCUCCUCCGUUUGUGGGUCCUCUCGCAGCCUAUCAACCUCAACAAGAAACACAGCAAGACCAACCCGACCUUUUUCGAAGCGCUGGAGGAGUGGGAGAGGCCCGCGAAGAGAGAAACGAAGAAGGAGCAGCUCGAGAGGCUGCAGGGCUGCUACGGCGAGUGGGUGUACGGUACGACGGACGCGCCCGAGGUGCCGCUGGAGAAGCCCGCCGGCAGAGCUGCGGCGAGAAGGAAGUGA